AUGGCGAUGACGCGCGCGAUGGCGCACACCGCGUCGCACACCGCGUCGCAUACGCGUCCGACGUCGCGAACGGGACGCGGGACGCGACGCGCGCGCGCGCGCGCGAUUCGGAACGACGAGGCGAGCGACGCCGAGGCGGGCGUCGAACGAGGCGAAGACGUCGAGCGGGCGACGCGGGCGACGCACGCGGUGUACGUGGAGAAUCCCGACGGUGGGACGAACACGUGCGUGCGCGUGGUGGGGCCGAAUCGCCGGGGGGGGUUGGCGAAAAUAAUCGCCGCGUUGACGAAUUACGGGUUGGACGUGCAGAGCUCGUUCACGCGGACGACGGCGAACGGGAGCAGCGUGGACGACGUCUUUUACGUCACGUGGGAUCCGAGAGAGGCGGGGAAGUCAUUCGAUGAAUCUCACGCGCGAUUGGCGUCGCAGUUGGAGGAAGAUCGAUUCGAGGAUUUGAAAAGGUUCAUCGUCGACGCCAUGACGCCGACGGAGACGCGCGAGCGGUACACGUCGCGCAUGCCGAAGAUUUACGGCAUCGCCGCCGAAUCUGAAGUUUUGGCGAUGAAGCGACGAUUGGAUGACGCGAUCGACCCGUCGAAUCAGGAGGAGUCGAAGAUCGCGCGCGACCCCGUCUUCAUGGCGUCGCAGCUCGAGUUCGUCGCCGCCGAGUUGGCGAGCGCCACGGCGCGCCUGGUGCAAAUCGACCGCGUCUACGCCAAG